AUGAAUGAAAAAGCCAUACACGACGAGUCCAUUGAGCAUUCUGGGCAGAAUGGCCGCAAGUACUCGGUUGCUGCCUCCGGGCGCCGACGUUCUACAGUGGCAGAGUUGAACGCUGGCAGAAACCUGGACGCAAAGAUCUCCAAUCCGCUGUCAGGAAUUCCGCUGCCGGAACUGCUUGAAGAUGCUGGUGCAUUCGCGGAUGAGUGUGGUCUGAGUGAGCAGAGGGCCUUGAUGCAAAGAGGUGCCAUGGUCGCUCAAAACCCUGGCAAUUUCGAGCGUAUGGACUUGCCGGAAGAUGAGAAAGACGCAUUGCGCGUCGAAGUCACCAGAAAGUGGAAGCAUCCCGCGAAGCUGUACAUCACAAUCGUUGUCUGCUCCAUUGGAGCUGCCGUCCAGGUAAGCCACCACCAAAACUCGAGCUGGGAUCAGACGGGUUCCAACGGCGCAAAUUUGUCUUUCCCCAUCGCUUUCGGUAUCCCGGACUCUGCAGAACUUGAAGACGGCUCGCCCAACCCCGAUGCCGAAAAGAAUCUCUGGCUGGUCGGCGUCAUUAAUGCGGCUCCUUACAUUGCAUCUGCGUUCAUUGGAUGCUGGCUUUCGGAUCCUCUGAACAACUUUUUUGGACGACGAGGUGCCAUCUUCAUCUCCGCUAUCUUCCUUAUCUUGACCCCAAUCGGCAGCGCUGUUUGCCAAACAUGGGAGCAACUCUUCGUAUGCAGGAUACUUAUGGGAAUUGGAAUGGGUCUGAAAGGGUCUACAACCCCGAUCUUCGCUGCUGAGAACUCCCCUGCUGCUAUCCGCGGCGCACUUGUGAUGACCUGGCAAUUUUGGACCGCAUUCGGCAUUUUCCUCGGUACCGCUGCCAAUCUCGCUGUAUACAACACGGGUGCCAUUUCUUGGCGUCUACAGCUCGGUUCGGCGUUCAUUCCUGCCGUCCCUCUCGCCAUCUUGGUGUAUUUGUGCCCCGAAAGUCCCCGCUGGUACAUCAAAAAGCGGCGGUAUCAGAAGGCUUACAAGUCUCUCUUGAUUCUCCGCAACCACCCACUCCUCGCAGCCCGCGAUCUCUAUUACAUCAACUCACAGAUCGAUAUCGAACGUGAGAUCGUUGGCGACUCCAGCUACAUUCAACGAUUUGGCCAGUUGUUCACCAUCCCACGGGUCAAGCGAGCGACGCUUGCUAGCUGGACUGUCAUGAUCGCGCAGCAAAUGUGUGGCAUCAACAUUAUCGCCUUCUACUCUUCGACUAUCUUCGCCUCGGCAGGCGCUUCAACGGUGGAGGCCCUACUCGCCUCCUUCGGCUUUGGUGCUGUGAACUUCAUCUUUGCCAUUCCAGCUGAGGCUAACUCGCUGCCUCAGUUUUUCACUAUUGAUACCUAUGGUAGAAGAACACUCCUACUGUUCACCUUCCCUCAGAUGGCGUGGACACUGCUUGCCGCAGGCUUCAGUUUCUACAUCCCACAAGACAGCAGUGCACAUCUGGGCGUCAUCGCUCUCUUCAUCUUCAUGUUCGCCGCUUUCUACUCUCCCGGUGAAGGGCCAGUGCCGUUCACCUACUCGGCUGAAGUGUUCCCGCUGAGCCAUCGUGAGGUCGGCAUGGGCUGGGCCGUAGCCACCUGCCUCUUCUGGGCCGCCGUCCUGUCCAUCAGCUUCCCCCGCCUCCUCGCGGCUUUCACGCCUACCGGCGCGUUUGGUUUCUACGCCGGCUUGAACGUCGUGGCCUUCGUGAUGAUCUUCUUCUUCGUGCCCGAGACCAAGCAACGCACGCUCGAGGAGCUCGACUACAUCUUCGCCGUGCCGCUCAAGAAAUUCAUCUCCUACCAGACCGGCACGUGGCUGCCCUGGUGGUGGAAGCACUACGUCCUGCGCCAGAAAAACGCCCACCUUGAGCCCCUGUACCGCUUCGAGAGCGGCGUUAAGCGGGACUUGCAUGAUGUCGAUACGAAUGAUGUUGAACGCACAGGACGGAAGGGAGGUGAUAGUGAGUGA